AUCAACACAAACCUGUCUCACCUGUUACACACUCUUUAUCGCUUCUUCUCAGGGUAUAACGUGUCUUGACUAGCUGAGAAUUUUUUUUCUCCCAACAAUGCUCAUGUUUGACUAGAAAGAAGGAGGUCCGAAAAGCUUUCACUGUCUGGAUUGUGUAACACCACCAAAUCAAGCGGUGUAAUUCACAGGGAUUCCAUGACACUUUGAGAACUGAACAGAAUCUUCAUUGUCGGACUUGGUGCUCCAAACACAGCUUUCAAAGGGUCAUGGAGGUGCUUGUGCUUAUGGACUUUGAGGCCACCAUGCCAGAUGAGUUGACGGUAUGUGUAGGGGAUGUUGUGAAGAAUGUCUCAAAGGGCAAAGAGGAAGGAUGGCUGGAGGGAGAGCUGAGAGGAAAGAGAGGCAUGUUCCCUUGCAACUUCGCCAAGGAAGUGCCUGUUUAUUUAAUAGGGGAAAGCAACAGAGAGCCAAGAAGCAUAAGGAAAUCGAAGAAACCAAAGGUACAGACGAGGAAAUGUGAGGUGGCUUUUCCCUAUACCCCCCUGAAUGAAGACGAGCUGGCGCUGGUGGUCGGGGAGACCAUCGAGAUUCUCAGAGAGAUAGAAGAUGGGUGGUGGAUGGGAAAGAAAAAUAACAGAGUUGGAGCCUUUCCAUCAAAUUUUGUGAAGGAAAUUUUUGUCCAUUCAAAUGAUGGCAAGACAACUGAAGCCACAGCCAGGCCUAAACUCUCUGAAGUCUUCAGUAAAGAGGCAAAAGUACAACAGAGACCAAGUUUACGGAGAAAAGCAUCAAGUGCGAAAGAAUGUUGUCAGGCCAUGUUCGACUACACAGCUGUUGCCGAAGACGAGUUGAACCUGAAGAAGGGAGACGUGAUAGCAAUCAUCAACAAGACCACUGAGGACGAUGGCUGGUGGGAGGGGGAGCUGAACGGACACAGGGGCUUUUUUCCCGAUAACUUCGUCAUGGUGAUCCCAGCGGAUGCUCUUCAUACUGGUGAUGCAGGACAGCCACCGGUGAGACAUGGCUCUCAGAAAAAUGCAGUGAACCAGAUGCCAGUGAUGGACCAGAACAGCUCUGACACAAACCCAAAAACGGAGACUAAAAGUGAGAAACCAGACACUAAAGAUUUUCGAAAUGACCCACCUGGUAAAAUUAAGUUGCCUGGUUUACACAAACCACCCAUUCCACCACCACCAGUGAAGGAGAAGCCCAUAAAACUAGUACCAAAAAAUGAAGAGCCACAACUUGUCUCGCCUAAACAGCCCCCAGCUUCACCAGUACAGAAAGAGUUUAAAGUAAAUAAGGAGGUUAAAGAGAAAACCCCUGAGCAGUUUGAUGAUGUAGAUGUGUCCUCCGAGAAACUGAGCCAUCCCACAGCCAACAGAGCCAAACCUCCACAGAGAAGACCACCAACAGCCCUCACCUCAGCCGGACAAGUUCCAGCUGAAAUUGACAACAAUGAAACUUCAGAAGAGAAAGAUGGAUUACCACAAAAUAUUCCAGAGGCUACAGAACCUCAGUCAUCACCUUCCACCAAGACAGACCAGGAAGCUAAGACCACUUCAUCCACCAAGACACGGACUGAAAGCAAAGCUGUGGCUCAGGAGGAGAGCGCUUCCCUGGCCUUUGUGCUGACAGAACUCAAAGAUCUCCGCAUGUCACUGGAUCUCCUCAAAGCACAGCAUGAGAGAGACAUAAAGGAGCUUAAAGAUGAACUGAAGGACGAGAUGGAAAAAAGAAUGAGAUUACAGGAUGAAGUGGAGGCUUUGAGGAAAAAACAUUGAACACCAGGAGUUUUUCACUACCCCCGGUGAUCCUUCUCUGGGAUAUGGACGUAAAGGCUACAGGAAGAGGAUGUUGAGGGGAUGAAAAUCCAGCACAUGUGACUGAUUGAUUAAUUCUUGGUUGAGUGGCCUAGAAGCUAGAGCUCCAUUCAGAUAGCAGAACUACAAAAAGAGUUUUUGAUUUCUCAUACUCUGCUUAUGAGCUCUUUUGGCUGUGGGAGUCUUCGCCACUCAUUUCUUAAGACAUAUGUGCAUUUUGAAAUGUGUAAAUAUCAGAUAUCCAAUAUCUUAUUUUAAUGGAAAUUCAGGGAUUAUGUAGGUCAUAUUUUAAGGUAUUAACACACUUUCUAUUAUUAAUAUAUUUCUGCUUUGAGGUUGUGUUCUGUAACAAAUAAAUCAAUAGAUGGUUCCACUGA